CACCACUCGCCGGACACCACUCGGGCCAUGGCGCGCGCACACCUCCCGCUGGCCGUGGGCUUGGCGCUGCUCGCCGUCUGCCUCCUCGCCCCGUGCCCCGGUGCCCGCGCCGAAUUCCGGGGCCGCAGGACCGGGGAGCGCCGGGACGUGUCCCCCCAGGACCCGCAGGUGCAGAAGGCGGCGCAGAUGGCCGUGGCCACCUACAACAUGGACAGCAAUAGCAUCUCCUACUACCGGAACACCAACAUCGUCAGGGCGCAGACGCAGAUGGUCGCUGGCAUCAAGUACUACCUGACGAUGGACAUGGAGAGCACGGAGUGCAGGAAGAACAUGGUCUACUCCAGCGGCGUGGACUUGACCACCUGCCCCCUGGCUACCGGAGUGGAGCAGGAGAGGCUGCGCUGUGAAUUUGAGAUCCUCGAAGUCCCCUGGAAGAACUCUUCUCAGCUUCUGAAGCAAAACUGUGUUCAGAUGUAACCGCCCCGAGGGGCAGCGGCGGGGCUGGGUGGGGGCGGGCCGCACGGAUAGCCCCCGAGGGUCCGGGCACAUCUGCUAAAUAAAUAAU